UCACCCACCAGACCGGAUGACUUCAUAAAACAAGAAUGCAAGAGGAGUUUCUGUUGUCUGACAGCAAACAGACUCCUUUCUGUUUUAUUUGAUAUUGGCUGGAAUCAUAAUAUAUCUCAAUUUUAAAAGUUGGUUUGCAUUUUCAUGAAAAGAAAAGAAAAUCAUUUAAUGUGACCUAAGGCCUCUCAUAGUCCUGAAGUUGCAAGAAUAAGAUCAGCUUCAUUUCUGCAGCCUUCAACACCGACAAAAAAAAAAAAUGUAACCCCACUUUGCUCUGACGGCCAGCAAAGUUCAACAUUGACUUCCUGUAUGGAAACAAUUCAACUGUGCUUAUAGUGUGUGUGUUGUGGGGGGUCUGACCAGGUUUAGCAGACAUCAGUCACACAGUCAAACACAAAGACGUGAGUUGAAGACUAUUAUUCUGGCACAAAUAUAAUUCGAAAUACAUAAAAACAAAUAUGCCUUCAUGUUGCCUUGAAAUUGAGCGUAAUUGAAAACUAAAUUGAAGCUGUAGUUUUGAGUUAAGGAAGAAGAAGGGGACCAAACUGCACAGAAAGUCACUGCCGAUAUCGCUAAGUUGUGUUGACCAGACCACUCUUGACAGAUUUGAACUGAGGUUUAAUGUAUACUUCCCCCCCCAUUUCAAACCCAGAUAACAUUGUAGCGAUGGAUGAUGUUUCUACAUAUUUGAGCAUCAACAGAACAUUGUUCCGGAUAUGUUGCAUUUUCUGGAUUGUCUCUCCUGCAGAGGGAAACGUCAUCGCAAAAGUGGUGGGCAGCCAAGUGACCCUAGCCUGCAACACGUCAAACAUCACGGUCCAACAGCUCACGUGGCAAUUAAACAGUGUGACCCUGAUCAGCUACAGGCCAGAGGACAUGGCCCUGUUCACCAGUGAAGAAGCAGCGAACCUGAAGAUAAAUAUGUCUCUGUCGGGGACAGAACUGUACUCACUGGUGAUAGACGGCGUCCAGAGGUCUCAUGCAGGGAGCUACAGCUGUGACAUCGCCGCGCUCGAGGGAGUGCGGAUACACGAGUGGGAGCUGAUAAUUACAGAGAAAAAAGAAGGUGGAAAGUGGCGUAAGCAGAUGCAUGUAAUUGCUGUGGCUACAACUGUUCUAUGUGUGUGUUGCCUGAUCUUUAUAUUUACUUUUACCAUCCUGCGAAGAGUCAGUGACUGCCGUGCAGAAGAUAACAGUGAGCCGGCUCCAGUAACGGAACAAACUGGGGAUGUUUACGAGAAUUGCUUGGAAAUUAAUGUUGAUCGUCAUCGCAGCUGUCAGCCUGCCCAUUACAAGCCCAGAGCUCACCAGUGCUAAAAGUGCAGUCCAGUAAGUGAAGAGGGACGGAGACCGCGAGAUCAGGAAGGAACCAUGAAGUGUCAGGCCUCACAUUAUAAAAGAAAACCUGUCUUUCUUAUUUUGUGUCGAAUUUUAAACUGCUUUCUCAGGACAUGCACUAUAUGUAUUGAACAAUUAUACUUUUUCCUGAAAGCA